AUGGAUGUCUUUUGGACACUCCCGCCGGUCUCUAGGACCAUCACAGCUGCAGCAGUCGUUGUAUCGGCUGCAGGCUACAGCGGUCUCCUUAGCCUCUAUCACUACAUCUUCGUCAGCCAAUAUGUCUUCACGGUGUCGAUGCUCCCGCAGCUCUGGCGGUUCUUCACAGCGUUUCUGAUUACGAAACCGAAGUUCGGCAUCCUACUAGACCCAUACUUUCUCUACCAAUACGGCAGCUCCAUCGAGCGGGAGUCGCCUCGCUUCAAGGAUCCAGGCGACUUUCUCGUAUACACUUUGUUCCUCGGUAGCGUCAUCGUCGUAAGUACCCACUGCACACACGUCCUGUUAUUCCUAGCUGAAGCGGUUCCUGGAACGGAGGAAGAAUACCCUUGCACAUCAUGCGGUUCCGUCAUUCGCAAUAAUAUAAAGGGACUUGUGUGGUGUGUAGGCAUGGUGGGAUUGUCACUUGAGAAAGCUUUGCGAAUGCUCUCCAUUUCGCAAGGCGGUGUUGGCUCCCUACAUACUUUUGCGUCUCUCCCUGUAAAGGCAACAGCAGGUGGCAUUCUAAACCAAUACACCUUCCUCCCGUCGCUGUCCCUCGCCUACGCAUACACGUUCGCCCAAGACAACCCUACCCGCUCUGUAUCCUUCUUUGUCAUCACCUUCGAAAGCAAAUACCUGCCCUUCGCUAUGCUCUUCAUGGCCUUCGUCAUGGACGGUCCUGAUGCCGCUCUCGGACAGCUCAUGGGUCUUCUCGCCGCACACUUGUACGACUUCCUGACGAGGAUCUGGCCUACGUUUGGCGGUGGCAAGAACUAUAUUCGCACACCUGAGAUGGUGAAGCGCUGGUUCGGUGCCGCCCCGGGGAGUGUGCAGAAUAGAGGAUAUGGACAUGUUGUUCAGGGACGCGGUGGAGCGGCUGCAGCGCAGCCAAGUGCGGCCAGAGCGACAGGCAAUGCCUGGGGUGGCAUGGGUCCUGGGAGGAGGCUUGGGGAAUAG